AUGUGGGGCCUGAGAAGAAGCCAUGGACACCACGAAGAAAGGGACACCAAAGAAGCAGUGAACAAGGCAGAGGCGCGGACACUUCGAAGAUAUAGUCUUUGUAGUCAAAUCAGUCUGCAGAAGCCCAGAAAAAAAGAAGUGGCCGAAUCUGGGGGAGACUUUCGGUCAGGCCUCCAGAACGGGGUUUUGGAAUUGCUGAUUCCCAUUCAGAACAGUUCGGAGCAAGGAUCCCAGUCGCAUCCUGAAGGCUGGGGCAAGAUCCUCACCUUUGACCAGCUAGCCCUGGAGUCUCCCAAGGGCCGAGGCACUGUGCUCUUGUCUGGUCCUCGGAAGGGUCGAAAGGUAUACUGGCAUUUUGGCAAGGCCCCAGGAACGCCACACAGCCAUACCAAACCCUAUGUCUAUUCCAAGGGCUGGAAGUUGGAAGUUCGAACAUGCCAAAGGCAGAAGGGCCGGCCGUGGCUAUAA